CAAGUCACCAUUCCACAAGAAGGUAGAACAGGAGAGUCUCUCAGCGACCACCGGUUCGGCUUGAACAUCGUAAGAAACUGGACACUUUCUCUUCCAGGUGAUAAAGACUGCGCAUGCGCGAUACAAAAAAAAAGAAGUGUAGCUAACUCUGAUAAUGGCGGAAGGAGAACUGAACGUCGAUUCGAUCAUCACCAGGCUGCUUGAAGUACGUGGGAGGCAGCCUGGAAAGACUGUGCAGCUGGCUGAACAUGAAAUUCGCGGAUUGUGUUUGAAAUCCCGGGAGGUCUUCCUUAGUCAGCCCAUCUUGUUGGAACUUGAAGCACCGAUUAAAAUAUGCGGUGACAUCCAUGGCCAGUACUCGGACCUUCUUCGUCUCUUCGAGUAUGGUGGGUUCCCUCCAGAUGCCAACUACUUGUUCCUUGGCGACUACGUUGACCGUGGAAAACAGUCACUAGAGACUAUUUGCCUUUUGCUUGCUUAUAAGAUCAAGUAUCCGGAGAACUUCUUCUUGCUCCGUGGAAACCAUGAGUGUGCCAGCAUCAAUAGAAUUUAUGGAUUUUAUGAGGAAUGCAAGCGACGGUAUAAUAUCAAACUUUGGAAGACAUUCACGGACUGUUUCAACUGUUUGCCAGUUGCUGCCAUCAUAGAUGAAAAGAUCUUCUGCUGCCAUGGAGGUCUGUCGCCUGAUUUGCAAUCCAUGGAAAAUAUCAGAAGAAUUAUGCGCCCCACGGAUGUUCCUGACACUGGUCUACUCUGUGACUUGCUCUGGUCUGAUCCGGAUAAAGACAUUUCUGGAUGGGGUGAGAACGACCGAGGAGUGUCAUUCACGUUUGCCAGCGAUGUGGUCAGCAAAUUCUUGCAGAGGCACGACUUCGACUUGAUUUGCCGAGCCCAUCAGGUUGUCGAAGAUGGUUAUGAAUUCUUUGCCAAGCGGCAGUUAGUGACACUGUUCUCAGCUCCCAAUUACUGUGGCGAGUUUGAUAACGCCGGUGGUAUGAUGAGCGUGGACGAGACACUGAUGUGUUCCUUCCAGAUUCUCAAGCCUUCGGAAAAGAAGGCUAAGUAUCAGUACGGUGGUCUCAACUCUGGCCGGCCAGUCACACCGCAGAAAAAGGAUCAGAAAGGAAAGGGAAAGAAAUGAUUCAUCUCACUGAUGUAAUGAACUCGUACAAUAUUCACGCCAAACCCCAGGUAACCUAGGCUGUACCGCUUCUUCGCGCCCCACAUCAGAUAUAUAUACAUGCGUGUUGUCUGUCUUGUUGCGAUUGGUUUCUCUUUUGCUAGCGUUCUUGUUCCCUUUUUACCAUCGCGUAAUUAACAGCAGUGCCUAUCUGCUUAGCUUGUUUGCCGUAUGCCAUAGGUUAUCGGUUCGCUAGCGUUCCUUUGUUGUGUCAAUGGUGACAGUGUUUGUGCUGUUACUGGCUCUCAAUCUGAUGACAGUCCAAUCUGUGUUUGCCGUAUGCCAUAGGUGCACGUUGUCCUUUGUUGACACGUGUGUCUUCCUGUGCGAACCUCAUAUGUAGAUAAUAUCGGCAUCUCGCUCAUGAAGCCGGUUAUUGUUAACAAUAAUAAGUUUUAACUGCUCUGGCCAACUCCUUAUAGCCUAGUAUAGGUUAACCAUUGACUUACACAUAAUUAUUGUCCCAGUCAUGCCCUCGUUUUCAACUUUGCCAUGAAGCAGUAGCAUUAUCACCUUCAUUUAUUUGUACAUUAUCAUCACUUGUUCGUUGUCAUCCUUGUCCUACAUCCUGUCCAUGACGCUCUUUGUUGUAUUUGUUUUGUGCGUGCAUGUCAGCUGCUAUUGAGUUUAGCCGUCAUGUGCUCCGACAUGUUCGCUCCCACCGCUAACACUGCCGUUCUACUUCCUGUUUUUGCUCAUCUCUUUUUUGGGUUUAGCCAGUCUACUCUGAAUUUUAUGGUGACUUGAAAACGGACGAUGAUCUGUUAUGCGUGUAUACGGCAUUGAUUACUGGUCUCCGACUUGUUUUUGAAGAAAAGGAUAAACACUGA